CGACAAAUAUCGUCAUUCUUUAUCUUAUCACAAUGAGAAAUCAGAGCUUUUACUCUCCCUCUAGCGAGGACACGCCAACUGCUCUAAAAUUUCCAAGGCGCACAUCAUCUCUGCGUAACAAGCGGCCCCUACCUCACAUUGUCACAACGAUUGAGCCUGGAUAUAGCAGGCAAUUUUUCACACUCCACGAAUGCGCCGACGAUGCUUCUCGGUCUUAUCACAAACGAAGCUUCUCCAUGGGCUCAUCACGGACGCCUACAAGCCCUGGUCUCGUCGAGUCCCCCUACAGUGAUGUAGCGCCGACGCUUCGUAUGUUUUCAACGUCAUACGUCAUGACAAAACCGCAAGGCAACUCUAUCAGCUAUUUCGAUAGCAAAUUCAGCAAUAAUCGUGAAGUGGUCCACCCCAGCCAACAGAAGCCGGGAGGAAAAGUCCAAAAUUGGCUUUCCAAACUUCCCAAUCGAAGGGAGUCGCCCUUUGAGGAGAAAAGGAGAGACGACGAAGUGUGCCAAGCAUCAAAGCCUAAACAGCCAUGCCCUGUCGCAGACGCUUCUACGACGUCUAUUGGAGUUGAGAAGCAAUUUCUGGAUUUGGAAGAAGACUUUGAGAGCUCCGAUUCCGAGGAUACCAGAGACCUUGACGGCUACCACGAGGCUCUGUUCAGGUUAUCGGGUACAAGAAAUGAUUGCAGGCCAAUAUUUCGGGCAUCGAUGCGACGACAAUUUCCGAUCGAUCGGGAAAGAGAAGCUCAUCUGAACAUGGUUUGAUACGAUCAAAUGAGGCGUCGAAAAGAAUUGGAAUCAAGCGACUUGAAAUUAAUCGGACAUUUUCCUUUGUUGAGGGUUGGGUUGAGAAGUAGCAGGCUGUCAUGAUGAAUUCGAUGCCGCUGUAGAAUCACGGCCUUGGAGAUAAAAUUUAGAUUUCGUCAUGUCGUCAAAAUUUGGCAUCUAAAACUUGCAACAGACUAAAAGCUGAGAGAGAUAAGAUUAUUUAGACUUGGGAAAAAUAAAAGACUUAAACAUGG